AUGUCAUCCACAUCAGAGAUACGAAACAAACCCAAAAACUGGACAAAGGGAGAAUAUCUAGUCUCCACCGACACAUCCCUAAUUCCGAUCGACACCUUAAACACCUGGUAUGCGGGCGAAGAAUUCUACUGGGCAAAGCCAAUGCCAGAGCCCGCAUUGCGCGAAACAUUACAGAACUCCCUCUGUUUCGGACUAUACCACAGUUCAAGCAAUUCAGACAAGACACCAGGGAAUAAAGGAUCGCCAGAUUCGACUCUCGAAUUCGUCGGCUUUGCACGCUGUGUCACAGACUACACAACGUUUCUCUUCUUGACAGACGUCUUUGUCCUGUCCUCGCUCCAGGGCCUCGGUCUGGGAACGUGGCUUGUGACCUGUGUGCAAGAGGUCAUUGAGUCGAUGCGUUAUUUGCGGAGAUCGUUGCUGCUUACUGGGGAUUGGAAGCGGUCGGUGCCGUUUUAUGAGAAGGUCAUGGAUAUGGAGCUCAUGAUAUGUAAUCCACCCGUUGAGGGGAAGGAUGCAGUGGGCUUUGCUGUGAUGCAGCGGAAGUCUUGGGGGGGGCUCCUGGGUUUGUGGGAAAACCCUAGAUUUAUAUUUUGA